UUCCCAAAUCAAAAUAGACAAACGAACCGACCUAAAGUUUUAACACAAAGUCACAGCAACAAAUAUACGACGAGAAGCUUAAGAUGCAUUGUUCCGAUGACGAGCAGACUUGAUUUUUCCGAAUGAGUAGUACAACAAGUGUCGCACUUUGCCUGAAUCACUUGAACUUUGGUGAUCAAGCAAGUCUUUUGUACAAGAACACUAAGAUCCCACUUUGGAAUCGUCAAAAACUUUCAAAUCGUACCUCAAUGUUGAGGACAUUGUCUCAUGCUCGGGACCGUCUUAGAUCCGUAACGACAUCAUCGCCCCUUGCUCGUAACCAUCUUAGGUCCAAAACGCCACCUUUGUCUCCUUUAUCUUCUCCAUUCUCUUCGAAACGGCAUGCUCCUAAGACGACGAGCGAAGUAGAAGAAGACUCGCGUUCGAAAGAUUCCGUUUUGCUAUACCCUAAAGAUCCUUCGAGCGCGCCUAAGCUCUUUCUAGUCCAGCCUCGUCUAACGCCGCCUAAGUUUCUUCAGGCCAAGCUUAACGAAGCGCUCUGUCUCGCGAAUUCGCUUGAAGAACAGAGAUAUGGCUACUUUGAAUCUGAUUUCUUCGAAAAGGAAUUGCCUUCUCAUGUUGUUGUUCAAAACCCUGUUCGUAGAUCAUCUAAACCUCGCGCAGAUACUUAUUUCGGGCCUGGGACUGUAGACAACAUCAAAUGCCAUCUAAAUGCUGAAGAUUCUAAGGAAGAAGUUGAUGCUGUUUUUGUAAACGCCAUGUUGACUGCUAUUCAACAACGGAACUUAGAGCGAAUAUGGGCAAAACCUGUACUUGACCGUGUAGGCCUUAUAAUCGAAAUAUUUAAUGCUCAUGCGCAUACAAAGGAAGCAAAACUACAGGCUGAGUUAGCGGCUCUGAUGUACAAAAAGAGCAGGCUGGUUCGAGUGCGUGGUACCGAUGGACGCCACUCUUUUGGGCAGUUUGGAGAAGCUGAAGUUGUCAGUGCCCGAGGGAGAGCAGCAAGUGGAACCGGCGGUGGUUUUGUAGGUGGUGCAGGAGAAACUGAGCUUCAGCUUCAACGCCGAAGGAUAGCAGACAGGAGGCUUCGCUUGUUAUCCCAUAUUAAAGAAGCCCAGCGAACACGACUAUUGCAACGUGCUAGACGUCAGAAAAGAGCGGGGCGAAAGUAUGAGAGUGCAGCUACCAUUGCUGUUGUUGGUUACACAAAUGCUGGAAAAUCGACUCUGACAAGUGCAUUGUCAAAGAGUGCUCUCUACUGCAAUGAGCGAUUGUUUGCCACAUUAGAUCCUUCACUCAGGAGUGUCUAUCUUCCUUCUGGAAAUUUGGUUCAUCUUAGUGACACUGUUGGAUUCAUAUCAGAUCUGCCUAUACAGCUGGUGGAAGCAUUUCAAUCGACUCUAGAAGAAGUUGUUGAAGCUGAAAUACUUAUACAUGUGGUCGAUUCGACAGCUCCAAAUAUCGAGGAGCAUCGUGCAACAGUGUUCCAUGUCCUUAAACAAAUAGGAGUAUCUGAAGAGAAGCUUCAAAAUAUGAUUGAAGUCUGGAAUAAGAUUGAUUAUGAAGUGGAGGACGAGAAAUUUCUAGAUGAUGGGGAAGGAGAAGAAGAAGAAGAAGAAGAAGAAGAAGAAGAAGAAGAAGAAGCUGAGUUAAACGACGGUUUAAAAGCUGAAGAAACCGUUGAUGAAGAAGACGAAAUCAAAAACCAAGAUGAUGACACUGAUGGGUGGCUAUUGUGUGAAGAUGAAAACGUCAGUGAGUCUGCUGAGAUCUGGAAGGUUCCAGAAGUUGGUAAACUAGAUGCUUCGGAGAAGAAAGGACCACACGUUAGAGUUUCUGCAUUAACCGGAACUGGUUUGAAGGAGUUGAUAUAUCUGAUUGAUGAAAAAGUGAAUGUUCUAAUAAAGAAGAGGCUCGACCAUCAUACGAUAGUCGAAAGCAGCGAACUUGAUAAGCGUAAAUGGAGACCACCUCGUGAAGAUGAUGCGAGAUAACUCCCCUUAGAUCAACGAUGAAAGAAAACAAUGUUCUGUUUGUUUUUUUUUUUGUGUGCGUGUGUGUGCCACAGAACAAAAAGAAAUGCAUGUGGUUUUUUUCGAAACUGUGCAUGUGUAAUAAAAACGGCAAGAUGUUUGGGUUGUUCUUUUUGGUUAUAUUAAAGGAAUGGCUUUAAUA